AUGUUAGUAAAAUUAGACAAAAGAUUCCCAAUUACUGAUAAAAUUGUAGUUGCGGCACUGUUGGAUCCUUGGUUCAUAAAUUUAAGUCGGAUUGAUUCGUACCUCGAACAAAAGAAUAUUACUCGUGCCGCAUUUCUAGCAGAUUACAUAAAAAGACAGGUCAAUAUUUCAGGUGAAUCCACGACGAUGGCCACAUUAGCUCCUGCUGUUAUUGCUAGUUCUUCCAAUGAAUCUGUUUUGUCAAAGUUUUCGAAAAAACACAGCUGCAAUGGCACCUCCUCUAUUUUAACUUAUACUGAGUAUAAUGAAGCCGAUCAAGAAUGCUGGAGGUACUUGGCAGCUGCUAAUGCUUGUGAAGUUAAAGACGACAUUUUAAAUUAUUAG